AUGGAUCAGGAACCCACUCUCGAUUCAAACCUGCAGCCAACGUUAUUUCCCGAAACUAUCCUUGCGCCCGCUCCUAUCCACCCAAAUUGCGUACGAUUCGCUUCUAAUCCGGUAGAUCGUGGUUCAGGUGGCGUAUGGAUAGUCGACCUGGGUUACCAACGCCUAAUUUCGAUGACCGUAUUCCAAUUACCAGACCUACUUCACCUACUUUCACCUACCAAUUUGGAUCCAUUACUGUCCAUCAAUGGGACAUCUCCUUUAUUGUCAUUGACAACCCCUCCUUCUUUGUCCCUCCUGACAUCGCCCGCUGUCUCUAAUUCCUACGAUUUCCCAAAAGAAUACACCAUAGGAAUACGCCAAUUCGUCUCGCUAAGGAAGCCAAGGCAGAAUUCGACCUCACUUCCGCUUGUGUGCGAUCCUGAAGAAUACGACUUCGGAACACCAAAUACUGUUCCGGAGGACCGCGCCGUUUUCUUUGUCAUGGCUACUACGGAGAAGAACCUCCAAGACGAGUCCUUCGAGUUCAGUCAAGGCGCUCACGAUCUUUCCGGUCUCAAAUAUGUCGCCUUCGGACUAGGAAACAAGACCUACGAGCACUACGCCGUUAUCUCACAAUACGUAGACACUGCGCUCGAAAAGAUGGGGGCUACUUGA